GGCUCUUGUCUGGGGUUCUCAGGAGGGGAGAGUUGAGAGAGGCUUUGCUGCUGAGAAAAACUAUUUGGUAGAUUGAAGGUUGGAACGGGAGCUACAGAAACGAAAGAGAAAAAUUCAUACAAGCCAAUGGUUUUCGGGAAGAAAAUAACCCCAUUUCCUUGAGUUUGUAGGUGCCACUACUACUCUGGGAAAAUGGCAGAUGACGAAGAGUAUGAGGAGGUGGUGGAGUACUACACAGAAGAGACAGUCUACGAAGAGGAGCCGAGGGAGACAAUAACACAUUUCUAUGAAACUACGACAACAAGGUCAACAUCUGACUAUGAGCAAUCGAAACCUUCCAGACCUGAGCUGGCACCGCCAGAAGCGGCAAAGCCAGUGCAGAGGAAGAAGGUCAUCCGGAAGAAAGUUGACUCUUCCAAGUUCAUGACCCCCUACAUUGCACACAGUCAGAAAAUGCAGGAUCUAUUUAGCACAAAUAAAUACAAGGAGAACUACGAGAAAGCAAAAGGACAGCCAUAUGCCAUCACAACUGAUACCCCAGAACUUCGCAGAAUCAAGAAAGUACAAGACCAACUCAGUGAGGUUAAGUAUCGAGUAGAUGGCGAUGUUGCUAAAACUAUCUGUCAUGUAGAUGAAAAAGCAAAGGACAUUGAACAUGCGAAGAAAGUGUCGCAGCAAGUCAGUAAGGUUUUAUACAAGCAGAACUGGGAAGACACCAAGGAUAAGUACCUGCUUCCCCCUGAUGCCCCUGAACUUGUCCAAGCCGUUAAGAACACAGCCAUGUUCAGUAAGAAACUGUACACUGAAGACUGGGAAGCAGACAAAAGUUUGUUUUACCCAUAUAACGAUAGCCCGGAGCUGAGGAGGGUCGCCCAAGCCCAGAAAGCUCUCAGUGAUAUUGCCUACAAAAAAGGUCAUGCUGAACAGCGGACUCAAUUCACUUCUCUACCUGAUCCUCCAGAUAUAGAGUUUGCCAAGAAAGUGACCAAUCAAGUGAGCAAGCAAAAAUACAAGGAAGACUAUGAGAAUAAAGUCAAAGGCAAGUGGAGUGAGACACCUUGCUUUGAAGUUGCAACUGCCAGAAUGAAUGCUGAAAACAUCAGCACAAGGAAAUACCAAGAAGACUUUGAGCAUAUGAAAGACCAGAUCUACUUCAUGCAGACCGAGACACCAGAGUACAAAGUGAAUAAACAAGCUGGGUUGGCAGCAAGCAAGGUAAAAUACAAAGAAGACUAUGAAAAGAAUAAAGGAAAAGCAGAUUAUAAUGUGCUUCCUGCUACGGAGAACCCACUGCUCAGACAGCUGAAGGCGGCAGGAGAUGCCCUAAGUGAUAAACUAUACAAGGAAAACUAUGAAAAGACAAAGGCAAAGAGCAUAAAUUACUGUGAGACCCCCAAAUUUCAGCUUGAUACAGUUCUGCACAACUUCAGUAGUGAUACUAAAUAUAAAGAUUCCUACCUAAAGAAUAUUUUGGGACACUAUGUAGGCAGCUAUGAGGAUCCAUAUCAUACGCACUGCAUGAAAGUCACAGCCCAAAACAGUGAUAAAAACUACAAAGCAGAAUAUGAAGAGGAUAGAGGCAAAGGCUUCUUCCCCCAGACCAUAACUCAAGAAUAUGAAACAAUCAAGAAACUAGAUCAGUGUAAAGAUCAUGCCUACAAAGUCCAUCCAGAUAAGACAAAGUUCACUCAAGUUACCGACUCUCCUGUUCUGGUGCAAGCCCAAGUCAAUUCCAAACAACUGAGCGAUUUAAAUUACAAAGCGAAACAUGAAAGUGAAAAGUUCAAGUGCCAUAUACCUCCAGAUACUCCUGCCUUUAUCCAGCACAGAGUCAAUGCCUAUAACCUGAGUGAUAAUAUUUAUAAGGAAGACUGGGAGAAAAGCAAAGCUAAGAAGUUUGACAUCAAAGUGGACGCCAUUCCCCUGCUGGCAGCCAAAGCCAACAGCAAGAAUACCAGCGAUGUGAUGUACAAGAAAGACUAUGAGAAAAACAAAGGGAAAAUGAUUGGAGCCCUCAGCAUUAAUGACGAUCCCAAGAUUCUGAACUGUUUGAAGGCGGCCAAAAACCAGAGUGAUAGAUUAUACAAGGAAAACUAUGAGAAGACAAAGGCAAAGAGCAUGAAUUACUGUGAGACUCCUAAAUAUCAACUUGAUACUCUGCUGAAGAACUUCAGCGAGGCUAAAUAUAAAGAUUCAUAUGUGCAGAAUGUUUUGGGACAUUACAUAGGCAGCUUUGAGGACCCAUAUCAAAUACACUGCAUGAAAGUUUCAGCUCAAAACAGUGAUAAAAAUUACAAAGCAGAGUAUGAAGAAGAUAAAGGGAAAUGCUACUUCCCUCAGACAAUAACACAAGAAUAUGAAGCAAUCAAGAAGCUAGACCAGUGUAAAGACCACACGUACAAAGUUCAUCCAGAUAAGACCAAAUUCACGGCCGUCACUGAUACUCCUGUGCUGUUACAAGCCCAGCUCAACACGAAACAACUUAGUGAUCUGAAUUACAAAGCAAAACAUGAAGGUGAGAAGUUCAAGUGCAACAUACCAGCAGAUGCUCCACAGUUUAUCCAACACAGAGUCAAUGCCUAUAACCUGAGUGAUAAUGUUUAUAAACAUGACUGGGAGAAAAGCAAAGCUAAGAAGUUUGACAUCAAAGUGGACGCCAUUCCCCUGCUGGCAGCCAAAGCCAACACUAGGAACUUUAGCGAUGUGAUGUACAAGAAAGAUUAUGAAAAAAGCAAAGGGAAAAUGAUUGGAGCCCUCAGCAUUAAUGACGAUCCCAAGAUGCUGAACUGUUUGAAGGCGGCCAAAAACCAGAGUGAGCACGAAUAUCGUAAAGACUAUGAAAAGGGAAAAACUAUCUACACGGCACCUCUGGAUAUGCUCCAAGUCACUCAAGCUAAGAAAUCUCAGGCAAUUGCCAGUGACGUGGACUAUAAGCACCUCUUACACAAUUACAGCUACCCACCUGAUAGCAUCAACGUGGACCUCGCCAAGAAGGCUUAUGCACUGCAGAGCGAUGUUGAAUACAAAGCUGACUACAACAGCUGGAUGAAAGGUUGUGGCUGGGUUCCAUUUGGGUCCCUAGAAAUGGAAAAGGCAAAGCGAGCUUCAGACAUCCUGAAUGAGAAAAAGUAUCGCCAACAUCCGGACACUCUCAAGUUUACCUCUAUUGAAGAUGCUCCGAUUAUAGUACAGUCUAAAAUUAACCAGGCCCAGAGGAGUGAUGUCGCCUAUAAAGCCAAAGGAGAGGAAAUUCUUCACAAAUACAAUCUGCCAGCAGAUGUGCCACAGUUCCUCCAGGCUAGACUGAAUGCCUACAAUAUCAGUGAGAAUAUGUACAAAGCAGACUUGAAAGAUUUGAGCAAGAAGGGAUAUGACCUGAGAACCGAUGCGAUUCCCAUCAGAGUUGCCAAAGCUGCCAGGCAGGCGGCAAGCGACGUUCAGUACAAAAAAGAUUAUGAAAAAGCCAAAGGGAAAAUGGUUGGCUUCCAAAGUCUCCAAGAUGAUCCUAAACUGGUUCAUUAUAUGAAUGUGGCCAAGAUACAAUCAGACCGGGAGUAUAAAAAAGACUAUGAGAAGACAAAGACGAAAUACAACACGCCCCAUGAUAUGUUCAAUGUUGUGGCGGCUAAGAAAGCUCAGGAUGUUGCCAGCAAUGUCAACUAUAAGCAUUCGCUCCAUCAUUACACCUACCUGCCUGAUGCCAUGGACCUGGAGUUGUCUAAAAACAUGAUGCACAUACAGAGUGAUAACGCCUACAAGGAAGACUACAACAAUUGGAUGAAAGGUAUAGGCUGGAUACCUAUUGGCAGUCUGGAAGUAGAAAAAGUUAAAAAGGCGGGUGAUGCCCUGAAUGAAAAGAAGUACAGGCAACAUCCAGACACACUCAAAUUUACCAGCAUCGUGGACUCGCCAGUCAUGGUCCAGGCAAAACAGAACACAAAGCAAAUCAGUGAUGUCUUGUACAAAGCUAAAGGAGAAGAUGUGAAACAUAAGUACACUAUGAGUCCUGAUCUUCCUCAGUUUCUCCAGGCCAAGUGCAAUGCUUACAAUAUAAGUGAUGUCUGUUAUAAACGGGACUGGCAUGAUUUAAUAGCCAAAGGCAACAACGUGCUGGGUGAUGCUAUUCCCAUCACUGCGGCCAAAGCAUCAAGAAAUAUUGCCAGUGAUUAUAAAUACAAGGAAGCUCACGAGAAGUCAAAGGGAAAGCAUGUGGGUUUUAGAAGCCUCCAGGAUGACCCCAAGCUGGUCCACUACAUGAAUGUGGCAAAGUUGCAGUCCGAUCGUGAAUACAAGAAGAACUAUGAGAACACCAAAACCAGCUACCAUACCCCCAAGGACAUGGUUAGCAUUACGGCUGCAAAGAUGGCCCAGGAUGUUGCCACCAACGUCAACUACAAACAGCCAAUACAUCAUUACACAUAUCUACCUGACGCCAUGAGUCUCGAGCAUACCAGGAAUAUGAAUCAAAUUCAGAGUGAUAAUGUAUAUAAAGACGAGUAUAACAGCUUUUUCAAGGGCAUUGGAUGGAUCCCUCUUGGUUCUCUGGAGGUUGAGACGGCCAAGAAAGCAGGCGAUGCAUUAAAUGAGAGGAAGUACCGACAGCACCCAGAUACCAUCAAGUUCACAAGUGUACCUGAUUCCAUGGGCAUGGUUCUGGCUCAGCAAAACACAAAGCAGCUCAGUGAUUUGAACUACAAAGUGGAGGGGGAGAAACGGAAGCACAAGUACACUAUGGACCCUGAAUUACCUCAGUUUAUUCAAGCCAAGGUCAACGCCCUCAACAUGAGUGAUGCUCAUUAUAAAGCAGACUGGAAGAAAACCAUUGCUAAGGGCUAUGAUUUGAGACCAGAUGCCAUUCCUAUUGUUGCUGCAAAAAGUUCGAGGAAUAUUGCUAGUGAUUUCAAAUAUAAGGAGGCCUACGAGAAAGCCAAAGGCAAGCAAAUUGGAUUUCUCAGUCUUCAGGAUGACCCUAAACUGGUUCAUUACAUGAAUGUAGCCAAAAUGCAGUCAGAUCGUGAGUACAAAAAGGGCUAUGAAGUCAGCAAGACCAGGUAUCACACACCCUUGGAUAUGUUCAGUGUGACCGCGGCCAAGAAAUCUCAGGAGGUUGCCACCAACACCAACUACAGACAGCCCUUCCACAGCUACACUCUGCUGCCCGAUGCCCUGAAUGUGGAGCACUCCAAGAACGCGAUGCAGAUUCAAAGUGACAAUCUAUACAAAUCUGACUUCACCAACUGGAUGAAAGGGAUGGGCUGGAUCCCAAUACAGUCGCUGGAGGUGGAGACGGCAAAGAAAGCCGGAGAGAUUCUUAGUGAGAAGAAGUAUCGCCAGCACCCUGAGAAGCUGAAGUUCACGUACGCCAUGGACACAAUGGAACAAGCACUUAACAAAAGUAACAAACGGACCAUGGAUAAGAGGCUCUACACUGAAAAAUGGAACAAAGACAAGACCACUAUUCACGUCAUGCCCGAUACUCCAGACAUUUUACUCUCCAGAGUAAACCAAAUCACCAUGAGUGAUAAAUUGUACAAAGCUGGCUGGGAAGAAGAAAAGAAGAAAGGAUAUGACCUGAGGCCUGAUGCCAUCUCAAUAAAGGCUGCAAGAGCCUCUAGAGACAUUGCCAGUGAUUACAAAUACAAGCAAGCCUACGAACAAGCCAAAGGGAAGCACAUUGGCUUCCGGAGCCUCGAGGACGACCCCAAGUUGGUGCACUUCAUGCAGGUGGCCAAGAUGCAGUCGGACCGGGAAUACAAGAAGGGAUAUGAGAAGUCCAAGACAUCCUUCCACACCCCGGUGGACAUGUUGAGUGUGGUGGCAGCCAAGAAGUCUCAGGAAGUGGCCACCAAUGCCAACUACAGGAAUGUGAUCCAUACCUACAACAUGCUUCCUGAUGCCAUGAGCCUUGAAUUGGCCAAAAAUAUGAUGCAGAUUCAAAGUGAUAAUCAGUACAAAGCUGACUAUGCUGACUUCAUGAAGGGCAUGGGAUGGCUCCCUCUGGGCUCCCUGGAGGCUGAGAAAAACAAGAAAGCCAUGGAGAUUAUCAGUGAAAAGAAGUACCGGCAACACCCAGACACUUUGAAGUAUUCCACCUUGAUGGACUCAAUGAACAUGGUUUUGGCCCAGAAAAAUGCAAAAAUUAUGAAUGAACACCUGUACAAACAAGCAUGGGAGGCUGACAAGACCAAAGUCCACAUCAUGCCUGAUAUCCCCCAGAUUAUGCUGGCAAAGGCAAAUGCAAUUAAUAUGAGUGAUAAACACUACAAACUUUCUUUGGAAGAGUCUAAAAAGAAGGGCUACGAUCUUCGAACUGAUGCAAUUCCUAUCAAAGCUGCCAAGGCUUCAAGAGAUAUUGCAAGUGAUUAUAAAUACAAACACAAUUAUGAAAAGGAGAGGGGGAAAAUGGUUGGUUUCCGUAGUCUUGAAGAUGAUCCCAAAUUAGUCCAUUCCAUGCAAGUGGCUAAGAUGCAAUCUGAUCGGGAGUACAAGAAAAACUAUGAGAAGACUAAGACCAGCUACCACACCCCUGCCGACAUGCUCAGUGUCACAGCUGCCAAGGAUGCCCAAGCCAACGUCACCAACACCAACUACAAGCACUUGAUUCACAAGUAUGUCCUCCUUCCAGACGCCAUGAGCAUCGAGCUGAGCAAGAAUAUGAAUCGCUUACAGAGUGAUAAUGAAUAUAAGCAAGACUACAACGAAUGGUACAAAGGGCUUGGCUGGAGUCCAGCUGGUUCCCUAGAAGUGGAGAAGGCCAAGAAAGCAACUGAAUAUGCCAGUGAUAAGAAAUACCGCCAGCACCCUAGUAACUUCGAGUUUAAGAAGCUGCCAGACUCCAUGGACAUGGUUCUUGCCAAGCAGAAUGCGCAUACUAUGAACAAGCACUUAUACACCAUCGAUUGGAACAAAGAUAAGACGAAGAUUCAUGUGAUGCCAGAUACCCCAGAUAUCUUACAAGCCAAGCAGAAUCAAAUAGCAUACAGUCAGAAACACUAUAAACUUGGAUGGGAAGAAGCUUUGAAGAAAGGCUAUGAUCUCCCAGUUGAUGCAAUUUCUGUACAGUUGGCCAAAGCUUCAAGAGACAUUGUUAGUGAUUUUAAAUACAAACAAGGCUACCGCAAACAACUCGGCCAUCAUGUUGGAUUCCGGAGUCUCCAAGAUGAUCCAAAACUUGUGCUGUCCAUGAAUGUAGCCAAAAUGCAGAGUGAAAGAGAAUACAAGAAGGACUUUGAGAAGUGGAAAACCAGGUACACCAGCCCAGUGGACAUGUUAGGAGUGGUGCUGGCGAAGAAAUGUCAGGCCUUGGUCAGUGAUGUGGACUACAAGAACUACCUGCACCAUUGGACAUGCCUGCCCGACCAGAAUGACGUUAUUCAAGCUAAAAAAGCUUAUGACCUACAGAGUGAGAAUCUGUAUAAGUCUGAUCUUGAAUGGCUGAAAGGCAUAGGAUGGAGUCCCCUGGGUUCUUUGGAGGCAGAAAAAAAUAAGCGGGCUUCAGAAAUCAUCAGUGAGAAGAAAUAUCGUCAACCUCCAGACAAAAACAAGUUCACCAGCAUUCCUGAUGCCAUGGAUGUAGUUCUGGCAAAGACAAAUGCCAAAAAUAGGAGUGAUAGACUCUAUAGAGAAGCUUGGGACAAGGACAAGACUCAAGUCCACAUCAUGCCUGACACCCCUGACAUUAUUCAGGCAAAAGCAAACUUAAUCAAUACAAGUGAUAAACUCUACCGAAUGGGUUAUGAGGAGCUGAAGAAAAAAGGUUACGAUCUUCCCCUUGAUGCCAUCCCAAUCAAAGCAGCAAAAGCAUCUCGAGAAAUUGCCAGUGAAUACAAGUACAAGGAAGGCUUUCGCAAGCAGCUCGGCCACCACAUUGGAGCCCGGGAUAUCAAAGAUGAUCCCAAGAUGAUGUGGUCCAUGCAUGUGGCCAAGAUCCAGAGUGACAGGGAGUACAAGAAGGACUUUGAGAAGUGGAAGACCAAGUUCAGCAGCCCUGUGGACAUGCUGGGGGUGGUGCUGGCCAAGAAGUGCCAGACCUUAGUGAGUGAUGUGGACUACAAGAACUACCUGCACCAGUGGACGUGCCUGCCCGACCAGAGUGACGUUGUCCAUGCUCGGCACGCCUAUGACCUCCAGAGUGAUAAUUUGUACAAGUCCGACCUUCAUUGGCUAAAAGGCAUUGGCUGGUUACCCAGUGGUUCUCUUGAGGAUGAGAAAAACAAGAGAGCUACCCAGAUUUUGAGUGACCACAAUUACCGUCAGCACCCAGACAAAUUCAAGUUUUCCAGCCUCAUGGAUUCCAUUCCAAUGGUUUUGGCAAAAAACAAUGCUAUUACCAUGAACCAUCGCCUCUAUACAGAAGCUUGGGAUAAAGAUAAAACCACUGUCCACAUAAUGCCAGACACCCCUGAAGUUUUACUAGCUAAACAAAACAAAAUAAAUUUCAGUGAGAAACUGUACAAACUUGGUCUAGAAGAAACCAAGAAUAGAGGCUAUGAUAUGCGGCUAGAUGCCAUUCCCAUCAGGGUGGCCAAGGCCUCCAGAGACACUGCAAGUGACUUCAAGUACAAAGAAGGCUAUCGCAAGCAGCUUGGCCACCACAUUGGAGCCCGAGAUAUUAAGGACGAUCCCAAGAUGAUGUGGUCCAUGCAUGUGGCCAAGAUCCAGAGUGACAGGGAGUACAAGAAGGACUUUGAGAAGUGGAAGACCAAGUUCAGCAGCCCCGUGGACAUGCUGGGGGUGGUGCUGGCCAAGAAGUGCCAGACCUUAGUGAGUGAUGUGGACUACAAGAACUACCUGCACCAGUGGACAUGUCUGCCUGAUCAGAGUGAUGUCAUCCAUGCUCGGCAGGCCUAUGACCUCCAGAGUGACAAUAUGUACAAGUCAGAUCUCCAAUGGCUGAGAGGCAUCGGCUGGGUUCCCAUUGGCUCUUUGGAUGUGGAAAAAUGCAAAAGGGCAACUGAAAUUUUGAGUGAUAAAAUCUAUCGCCAGCCUCCAGACAGAUUCAAAUUUACCAGUGUGACUGAUUCUCUGGAACAAGUGUUGGCCAAGAAUAAUGCCAUCACCAUGAACAAGCGUUUGUACACGGAAGCCUGGGACAAAGACAAGACCCAGGUCCACAUCAUGCCAGACACACCAGAAAUUAUGUUGGCAAGAAUGAACAAGAUCAACUACAGUGAGAGUCUGUAUAAACUUGCCAAUGAAGAAGCAAAGAAGAAAGGCUAUGACUUGCGAAGUGAUGCCAUUCCGAUCGUGGCAGCCAAGGCCUCCAGGGACAUCGUCAGUGAUUACAAAUACAAAGAUGGUUACCGCAAGCAGCUUGGCCAUCACAUUGGAGCCCGAGAUAUUAAGGAUGAUCCCAAGAUGAUGUGGUCCAUGCAUGUGGCCAAGAUCCAGAGUGACAGGGAGUACAAGAAGGACUUUGAGAAGUGGAAGACCAAGUUCAGCAGCCCCGUGGACAUGCUGGGGGUGGUGCUGGCCAAGAAGUGCCAGACCUUAGUGAGUGAUGUGGACUACAAGAACUACCUGCACCAGUGGACAUGUCUGCCUGAUCAGAGUGAUGUCAUCCAUGCUCGGCAGGCCUAUGACCUCCAGAGUGACAAUAUUUAUAAGUCCGAUCUCCAGUGGCUGAAAGGCAUUGGCUGGGUCCCCAUUGGGUCUCUGGAUGUAGUCAAGUGCAAGAGAGCGGGAGAGAUACUGAGUGACAACCUCUACCGGCAGCCUCCAGACAAACUGAAAUUUACCAGUGUGACUGAUUCCCUGGAACAGGUGUUGGCCAAGAACAACGCCAUCAACAUGAACAAGCGCUUAUACACAGAGGCCUGGGACAAAGACAAGACUCAAGUUCAUAUCAUGCCCGAUACCCCGGAGAUCAUGUUGGCAAGGCAGAACAAAAUCAACUACAGUGAGAGUCUGUAUAAACUUGCCAAUGAAGAAGCAAAGAAGAAAGGCUACGACUUGCGAAGCGAUGCCAUCCCGAUCGUGGCAGCCAAGGCCUCCAGGGACAUCGUCAGUGAUUACAAAUACAAAGAUGGCUACCGCAAGCAGCUCGGCCACCACAUUGGAGCCCGAGAUAUCAAAGAUGAUCCCAAGAUGAUGUGGUCCAUGCAUGUGGCCAAGAUCCAGAGUGACAGGGAGUACAAGAAGGACUUUGAGAAGUGGAAGACCAAGUUCAGCAGCCCCGUGGACAUGCUGGGGGUGGUGCUGGCCAAGAAGUGCCAGACCUUAGUGAGUGAUGUGGACUACAAGAACUACCUGCACCAGUGGACGUGCCUGCCCGACCAGAAUGAUGUUGUCCAUGCUCGGCAGGCCUACGACCUCCAGAGCGAUAACGUUUAUAAAUCAGAUCUCCAGUGGCUGAAAGGCAUUGGCUGGGUCCCCAUUGGGUCUCUGGAUGUAGUCAAGUGCAAGAGAGCGGGAGAGAUACUGAGUGACAACCUCUACCGGCAGCCUCCAGAUAAGCUGAAAUUUACCAGUGUGACUGAUUCCCUGGAACAGGUGUUGGCCAAGAACAACGCCAUCAACAUGAACAAGCGCUUGUACACAGAAGCCUGGGACAAAGACAAGACUCAAAUCCACAUCAUGCCUGACACACCUGAAAUUACAUUGGCAAGACAAAAUAAAAUAAAUUACAGUGAGAACCUCUAUCGCCAGGCCAUGGAAGAAGCCAAGAAAGAAGGCUAUGACUUGAGAAGCGAUGCCAUUCCCAUUGUGGCUGCCAAGGCCUCCCGGGACAUUGCCAGUGAUUACAAAUACAAAGAAGCUUAUCGCAAGCAGUUGGGUCACCACAUUGGCGCCCGGGCAAUACAUGAUGACCCCAAGAUGAUGUGGUCCCUCCACAUUGCCAAAGUGCAGAGUGACCGUGAGUACAAGAAAGACUUUGAGAAAUACAAGACCAGGUUCAGCAGCCCAGUGGACAUGCUUGGCAUCGUUUUGGCCAAGAAAUGUCAGACCUUGGUUAGUGAUGUGGACUAUAAACAUCCUCUGCAUGAGUGGACCUGCCUGCCAGACCAGAAUGAUGUCAUCCAGGCUCGGAAAGCUUAUGACCUCCAGAGCGACAAUUUGUAUAAGUCAGACCUUGAAUGGUUGAAAGGCAUUGGCUGGGUUCCUAUUGGCUCCGUGGAAGUUGUUAAAGCCAAGAGGGCCACAGAGAUACUGAGUGACAACAUCUACCGUCAGCGUCCAGACACACUGAAAUUUACCAGCAUAACUGACUCUCCGGAGCAGGUGCUGGCAAAGAACAAUGCUAUCAACAUGAAUAAGCGCUUGUAUACUGAAGCCUGGGACAAGGAUAAGAAAACAAUCCAUGUCAUGCCUGACACACCGGAAAUCAUGCUAGCUAAACUCAACCAAAUAAACUACAGUGACAAACUCUAUAAACUUGCUUUGGAAGAGUCCAAGAAGGAAGGCUAUGACUUGCGUUUGGAUGCCAUUCCAAUCCAGGCAGCCAAGGCUUCAAGAGAUAUUGCUAGCGAUUACAAGUACAAGGAAGGCUACCGCAAACAGAUUGGCCACCACAUUGGGGCCCGAAACAUUAAGGAUGACCCCAAGAUGAUGUGGUCCAUGCAUGUGGCCAAGAUCCAGAGUGACAGGGAGUACAAGAAGGACUUUGAGAAGUGGAAGACCAAGUUCAGCAGCCCCGUGGACAUGCUGGGGGUGGUGCUGGCCAAGAAGUGUCAGAUCCUUGUAAGCGACAUAGACUACAAGCAUCCUCUACAUGAAUGGACCUGUCUGCCUGAUCAGAAUGACGUUAUUCAUGCUCGGAAGGCCUAUGACCUGCAGAGUGAUGCUAUUUACAAGGCUGAUCUUGAAUGGCUGAGAGGCAUUGGAUGGGUGCCGAUUGGCUCUGUAGAGGUGGAGAAGGUGAAGAGAGCUGGAGAAAUCCUGAGUGAGAGGAAGUACCGCCAGCCUGCAGACCAGCUCAAAUUCACAUCCAUUACAGACACGCCAGAGAUUGUCCUGGCAAAGAACAAUGCCCUGACGAUGAGCAAGCAUUUAUAUACGGAAGCUUGGGAUGCUGACAAAACCUCCAUCCAUGUGAUGCCGGACACCCCAGAAAUCCUACUGGCCAAGAGUAAUUCUGCCAAUGUCAGCCAAAAACUUUACACCAAGGGAUGGGAUGAAUCAAAGAUGAAGGACUAUGACCUGAGAGCUGAUGCUAUUCCCAUCAAAAGUGCCAAGGCCUCGAGGGACAUCGCCAGUGACUACAAAUACAAAGAAGCAUAUGAGAAACAGAAAGGCCACCACAUUGGAGCCCGGAGUGUUGAAGAUGACCCCAAGAUUAUGUGUGCCAUACAUGCAGGGAAGAUUCAAAGUGACAGGGAGUACAAGAAGGAUUUCCAGAAGUGGAAGACCAAGUUCAGUAGCCCAGUGGACAUGUUAGACAUCGUGCAGGCCAAGAAAUGUCAGACUCUGGUCAGCGACGUUGAUUAUCGAAAUUACCUGCAUCACUGGAUAUGCUUACCUGAUCAAAACGACGUUAUCCAAGCAAGGAAGGCCUAUGAACUGCAGAGUGAUAAUGUGUAUAAAGCAGACCUGGAGUGGCUGCGUGGCAUCGGCUGGAUGCCAGAAGGCUCAGUAGAAAUGACCAGGGUGAAGGGUGCCCAAGACCUGUUGAAUGAAAGACUCUACAGAACGCGACCAGAAGCCUUGAAGUUCACUUCCAUUGUUGACACUCCAGAAGUGGUCCUGGCAAAAGCCAAUUCUCUGCAAAUGAGUGAGAGGCUCUAUCAAGAAGCAUGGAAUAAAGAUAAAACCAACGUCAGCAUCCCUUCUGACACACCAAUCAUGCUGCAGGCCCAAAUCAAUGCCUUGCAGAUCAGCAAUAAACUCUACCAGAAAGACUGGGAUGAGGCCAAGCAGAAAGGCUAUGACUUAAGAGCAGACGCCAUUGAAAUCAAACAUGCCAAAGCAUCCAGAGAAAUUGCCAGUGAGUACAAAUACAAAGAAGGUUACCGUAAGCAACUGGGCCACCACGUGGGUUUCCGCAGCCUACAAGAUGACCCCAAACUGGUGUGGUCCAUACAUGCCGCCAAGAUCCAGAGUGAAAGAGAAUACAAGAAAGCUUAUGAGAAGUCUAAAGGAAUUCACAAUACACCGCUGGACAUGAUGUCGAUUGUUCAGGCCAAGAAAUGCCAGACUCUGGUCAGCGACCUUGAUUAUCGCAAUUACCUGCACCAAUGGACAUGCUUGCCUGACCAGAACGACGUGAUUCAGGCCAAGAAAGCCUACGAACUGCAGAGCGACGCUGUUUACAAGGCCGACUUGGAAUGGUUACGUGGAAUUGGGUGGUUGCCAAGUGAUUCCGUUUCUGUCAAUCAUGCCAAACAUGCCGCGGAUAUCUUCAAUGAGAAAAAAUAUCGCACAAAAAUAGAAACUCUCAACUUUACUCCUGUGGAUGACAGAGUUGAUUAUGUGACAGCGAAACAAAGUGGUGAGAUCCUAAAUGAUAUUAAAUAUCGGAAAGAUUGGAAUGACACCAAAUCAAAGUACACCCUCACAGAAACCCCCCUGCUGCACACUGCCCAGGAGGCAGCCCGGAUACUGGACCAGUAUCUCUACAAGGAAGGCUGGGAGAAGCAAAAGGCCACAGGUUACAUUUUGCCUCCGGAUGCUGUGCCGUUUGUUCAUGCCCAUCACUCCGGUGAUGUUCAGAGUGAGCUGAAAUACAAAGCUGAACACGUAAAGCAAAGAGGUCAUUACGUUGGUGUCCCGACAAUGAGAGAUGAUCCUAAGCUGGUUUGGUUCGAGCAUGCAGGCCAGAUUCAGAAUGACAGGCUAUACAAAGAGCAGUAUCAUAAAACAAAGGCCAAAAUCAAUAUACCUCCUGAUAUGGUGUCUGUGCUGGCUGCCAAGGAGGGGCAGACCCUUGCCAGUGAUAUUGAUUACCGUCAUUACCUGCAUCAAUGGAUGUGUCAUCCUGACCAGAAUGAUGUUAUUCAGGCAAGGAAGGCCUAUGACCUACAGAGUGAUAAUAUCUACAAAGCUGACCUGGAGUGGCUCCGAGGCAUUGGCUGGAUCCCCUUGGAUUCUGUGGACCAUGUGAGGGUCACCAGGAACCAGGAAAUGGUGAACCAGAUAAAAUAUAAGAAAGAUGCUCUUGACAACUAUCCUAACUUUACAAGUGUGGUGGAUCCUCCAGCGGUUGUUUUGGCCAAGAUCAACUCAGUCAAUCAAAGUGAUGUAAAAUAUAAAGAAACAUUUAAUAAAGAAGUAAAGGGCAAGUAUAUAUUUUCUCCAGAUACACCGUAUAUCACCCACUCCAAAGACAUGGGAAAACUCUAUAGUACCAUACUGUAUAAAGGGGCGUGGGAGGGCACCAAGGCCUAUGGCUAUACCUUGGAUGAGCGCUAUAUUCCCAUUGUUGGAGCCAAGCAUGCCGACUAUGUGAACAGUGAGCUUAAAUACAAAGAGACAUAUGAGAAGCUGAAGGGUCACUACCUGGCUGGAAAAGAAAUCAGUGAGUUCCCUGCUGUGGUUCACUGUCUGGAUUUCCAAAAGAUGAGGAGUGUGUUGAACUACAGAAGACAGUAUGAGGACACCAAAGCAAAUGUUCAUAUCCCCAUUGAUAUGAUGAAUCAUGUGCUGGCUAAAAGGUGCCAGUACAUCCUCAGUGACCUGGAGUACCGACACUACUUCCACCAGUGGACAUCUCUUCCAGGAGAACCCAGUGUUAUUCUGGCCCGAAACGCGCAGGAGAUCUUGAGUGAUAAUGUGUAUAAAGAUGACUUGAAUUGGCUGAGAGGCAUUGGAUGCUACGUUUGGGAUACACCCCAGAUCCUCCAUGCCAAGAAAGCAUAUGACCUCCAGAGUCAGAUACAAUACACAGCAGCGGGGAAAGAAAAUCUACAAAAUUAUAAUCUGGUCACAGAUACACCACUUUAUGUGACUGCUCUUCAAAGUGGCAUUAAUGCUAGUGAGGUGAAAUAUAAAGAAAAUUAUCAUCAGAUUAAGGACAAAUACACGACAAUUCUAGAAACAGUGGAUUAUGACAGAAUCAAGAAUCUGAAGGAUCUUUAUAGCAGUAACCUGUACAAGGAGGCCUGGGAUAAAGUGAAAGCCACCAGCUACAUCCUGCCUUCCAGCACCUUGUCCCUGACACAUGCCAAGAACCAGAAGCAUCUGGCCAGCAUUGUCAAAUAUCGGGAAGAAUAUGAAAAAUUCAAAGCUCUUUAUACUUUACCAAAAAGUGUUGACGAUGAUCCAAAUACAGCACGGUGCCUCAGAGUCGGCAAGUUUAACAUUGAUCGCCUAUACAGAUCAGUUUAUGAAAAGAACAAGAUGAAAAUCCACAUCGUGCCUGACAUGGUAGAGAUGGUUACUGCCAAGGAUUCUCAGAAGAAAGUCAGUGAGAUUGAUUAUCGCCUACACCUCCAUGAGUGGAUUUGCCACCCUGACUUGAAAGUCAACAGUCACGUCAGGAAAGUCACAGAUCAGAUCAGCGAUAUUGUGUACAAGGAUGACCUCAACUGGCUGAAAGGCAUUGGUUGCUAUGUCUGGGACACUCCUGAAAUUCUCCAUGCCAAACAUGCUUAUGAUCUACGCAACGAUAUCAAAUACAAAGAGCAUGUGAGGAAAACAAGGAACGACUACAAGUUGGUCACUGAUACUCCAGUCUAUGUGCAGGCUGUCAAAAGUGGGAAACAACUAAGUGAUGCUGUCUACCACCAUGACUACGUGCACAGUGUCAGGGGCAAAGUGGCUCCAACUACAAAAACCGUGGAUCUGGACCGGGCCCUUCAUGCAUACAAGCUCCAGAGUGAGAAUCUGUACCGAAGACCUGGCCUGCGCUCCUUGCCCACUGGAUAUAGGCUUCCAGUCGACACCCCUCACUUCAAACACACCAAAGACACCCGAUACAUGAGCAGUUAUUUCAAGUACAAAGAAGUUUAUGAACACAUCAAGGCCCAUGGGUAUACACUUGGCCCCAAUGACGUUCCAUUUGUCAAUGUCCGGAGAGUCAACAAUGUUACCAGUGAGAGACUUUAUCGACAAUUAUACCACAAACUGAAAGACAAGAUUCACACAACUCCCGACACACCUGAAAUCCGCCAAGUCAAGAAGACACAAGAGGCUGUCAGUGAGUUGAUCUACAAAUCAGACUUCUUCAAGAUGCAAGGCCACAUGAUCUCGAUGCCAUACACACCCCAAGUGAUCCAUUGCCGCUACGUGGGAGACAUCACCAGUGAUAUUAAAUACAAAGAGGACUUGAGGAUCCUGAGGGGACUGGGCUGCUUCCUGUAUGACACUCCUGACAUGGUCCGCUCUCGGCACCUGCGGAAGCUCUGGUCUCAUUACCUGUACACUGAUAAUGCAAGGAAGAUACGAGACAAAUACAAAGUGGUGCUUGACACUCCAGAAUACAGAAAAGUGCAGGAACUGAAGACACAUCUGAGUGAGCUGGUGUACAGAGCUGCAGGCAGGAAGCAGAAGUCAGUCUUCACUUCCGUUCCUGAUACUCCUGAUCUGUUAAGAGCCAAGCGAGGGCAGAAGCUUCAAAGUCAGUAUCUGUAUGUCGAACUUGCCACCAAAGAGAGGCCCCAUCAUCACGCCGGAAACCAGACCACAGCCUUGAAGCACGCUAGAGACGUGAAGGACAUGGUCAGCGAGACAAAGUACAAGAUUCAAUAUGAAAAGAUGAAGGACAGGUACACCCCGGUUCCAGAUACGCCAAUCCUCAUCAGAGCCAAGAGGGCUUACUGGAAUGCCAGUGAUCUACGCUACAAAGAAACGUUUCAAAAGACCAAAGGGAAAUACCACACUGUGAAGGAUGCUCUGGACAUUGUUUACCAUCGCAAAGUCACAGACGACAUCAGUAAAGUGAAAUACAAGAAGAACUACAUGAGCCAGCUGGGAAUCUGGAGGUCCAUAGCUGAUCGCCCAGAGCAUUUCCACCACCGGGCAGUCACUGAUGCCAUCAGUGAUAUAAAAUAUAAAUCAGAUCUGACCUGGCUUAAAGGCAUCGGUUGCUAUGCCUACGAUACUCCAGACUUCACUCUGGCUGAAAAGAACAAGACUCUCUACAGCAAGUAUAAGUAUAAAGAGGUAUUUGAAAGGAUAAAGUCAGAUUUCAAGUAUGUCGCGGAUUGUCCAAUCAAUAGACAUUUCAAGUAUGCAACUCAGUUGAUGAAUGAGAGAAAAUAUAAGUCUAGUGCCAAGAUGCUUCUGAAACAAGGAUGUAAUGAAAUUCUGCGUCCAGAUAUGUUGACUGCCCUCUACAACACAUACAUGUGGAGCCAGAUCAGGUACAGGAAAAACUAUGAAAAAACAAAGGACAAAUUUACCUCAAUUGUGGACACUCCAGAACAUCUGCGUACUACAAAAGUCAACAAACAAAUCAGUGAUAUACUUUAUAAGUUAGAAUACAACAAGGCCAGACCCAGAGGCUACACCACAAUCCAUGACACCCCCAUGUUACUACAUGUCCGCAAGGUCAAAGAUGAAGUCAGUGACAUAAAAUACAAAGAAGUUUACCAAAGAAAUAAGUCCAAUUGCACCAUUAAGCCAGACGCUUCUUAUAUCAAAGCAGCCAAGGAUGCCUACAAAGUCAACACCAAUCUGGACUACAAGAAGCAGUACGAAGCCAACAAAGCCCACUGGAGGUGGAUCCCUGACCGACCGGACUUCAUCCAGGCUGCCAAGUCAUCCCUGCAGCAAAGCGAUUUUGAAUACAAGCUGGACCGAGAAUUCCUCAGGGGUUGCAAGCUUUCUGUCACUGAUGAUAAAGACAUGGUGCUGGCCCUGAGAAAUUCUUUAAUAGAAAGUGAUCUGAAAUACAAAGAGAAACAUGUCAAAGAAAGAGGAAGCUGCCAUGCUGUGCCUGAUACUCCUCAGAUCCUCCUGGCAAAGACUGUCAGCAAUCUGGUGUCCGAGAACAAGUACAAGGCAUACGUGAAGAAGCGCUUGGCCCAGGGCUCAUACACAACACUGCCAGAGACCCGGGACACUGUUCACGUCAAGGAAGUGACCAAGAAUGUCAGUGAUACAAAUUACAAAAAGAAGUUUGUCAAGGAGAGAGGGAAAUCCAACUACUCCAUCAUGCUGGAGCCCCCAGAUGUGAAACAUGCCAUGGAAGUGGCCAAGAAGCAGAGUGACGUCGCUUACAGAAAGAGUGCCAAAGAAAACUUGCAUUACACGACAGUGGCCGAUCGGCCAGACAUCAAGAAGGCCACACAGGCAGCCAAACAGGCCAGUGAGGUGGAGUACAGAGCCAAGCACCGCAAGGAGGGCAGCCAUGGGCUAAGCAUGCUUGGGCGCCCAGACAUUGAAAUGGCCAAGAAGGCAGCCAAGCUGAGCAGCCAGGUUCAAUACCGAGAAAAUUUCAACAAAGAGAAGGGCAAGACGCCAAAAUACAAUCCAAAAGAAAGCCAGCUCUACAAAGUCAUGAAAGAUGCUAAUAACCUCGCAAGUGAGGUUAAGUAUAAGGCUGACCUGAAGAAACUUCACAAACCUGUGACUGACAUGAAGGAAUCUCUGAUAAUGCAUCAUGUCCUGAAUACAAGCCAACUUGCCAGUUCUUACCAGUACAAGAAGAACUAUGAGAAGAGUAAAGGCCACUACCACACAAUCCCCGAUAAUCUGGAGCAGCUUCAUUUAAAAGAGGCCACAGAGUUACAGAGUAUAGUGAAAUACAAAGAAAAAUAUGAAAAGGAACGAGGAAAGCCCAUGUUGGACUUUGAAACACCAACAUACAUCACUGCCAAAGAGUCUCAGCAAAUGCAAAGUGGGAAAGAAUAUAGGAAAGAGUAUGAUGAGUCCAUUAAAGGCAGAAACCUGACUGGCCUGGAGGUCACACCAGCUUUAUUACAUGUCAAAUAUGCAACCAAAAUAGCCAGCGAGAAAGAAUACAGGAGAGAUCUAGAGGAAAGCAUCCGUGGGAAGGGUCUCAGUGAAAUGGAAGACACACCUGACAUGCUAAGAGCCAAGAAUGCCACUCAAAUCCUCAAUGAGAAAGAAUAUAAGAGAGAUCUGGAGCUGGAAGUCAAAGGAAGAGGCCUGAAUGCCAUGGCCAAUGAAACUCCCGAUUUUAUGAGGGCAAGGAAUGCAACUGAUAUUGCCAGUCAGAUUAAGUAUAAGCAAUUAGCAGAAAUGGAAAAAGCCAAUUUCACUUCUGUGGUUGAUACUCCAGAGAUCAUUCAUGCCCAACAAGUCAAGAAUCUUUCAAGCAAGAAAAAAUACAAGGAAGAUGCAGAGAAAUGCAUGUCAUAUUAUGAGACGGUCUUGGACACCCCAGAGAUGCAAAGAGUCCGGGAGAACCAAAAGAAUUUCAGCCUUCUCCAAUACCAGUGUGACCUUAAAAACAGUAAAGGAAAAAUUACAGUUGUUCAAGACACGCCAGAAAUACUGCGUGUUAAAGAAAAUCAAAAGAAUUUCAGCUCGGUUUUGUAUAAAGAAGAUGUCUCACCCGGAACAGCAAUUGGAAAGACACCUGAGAUGAUGAGAGUGAAGCAAACCCAGGACCACAUCAGCUCGGUGAAGUAUAAGGAAGUGAUUGGACAAGGAACUCCAAUCCCUGACCUGCCUGAAGUGAAACGUGUCAAGGAGACGCAGAAGCACAUUAGCUCGGUUAUGUACAAAGAAAACUUGGGAACAGGCAUUCCAACCCCUGUCACUCCAGAGAUUGAGAGAGUCAAACGCAAUCAAGAGAACUUUAGCUCGGUUUUGUACAAAGAAAAUUUGGGGAAAGGAACCCCAACACCUGUCACUCCAGAGAUGGAGAGAGUCAAACGCAAUCAAGAGAACUUUAGCUCGGUGUUGUAUAAAGAAAACCUCGGGAAAGGGACCCCGAUUCCCAUCACUCCAGAGAUGGAGAGAGUCAAACACAAUCAAGAGAACUUUAGUUCGGUGCUGUACAAAGAAAACCUGGGGACAGGAAUUCCAAUCCCCCUCACUCCUGAGAUGCAGAGAGUCAAACACAAUCAAGAAAACCUUAGCUCGGUGUUAUACAAAGAAAACAUGGGCAAGGGAACCCCUUUACCUGUCACUCCAGAGAUGGAGAGAGUCAAACACAAUCAAGAAAAUAUUAGCUCGGUUUUGUACAAAGAAACUGUGGGGAAAGCCACCCCAACCCCUGUCACUCCAGAGAUGCAGAGAGUCAAACGCAAUCAAGAAAACAUUAGCUCGGUGUUGUACAAAGAGAACCUGGGGAAAGCCACCCCUACCCCCAUGACUCCCGAGAUGGAAAGAGUCAAACGCAAUCAAGAAAACUUUAGCUCGGUAUUGUACAAAGAGAAUAUGAGAAAAGCAACUUCGACACCUGUCACUCCAGAGAUGGAGAGAGCUAAGCGCAACCAAGAAAACAUUAGCUCGGUUCUUUAUUCUGAUAGCUUCCGGAAACAAAUACAAGGCAAAGCUGCCUAUGUCUUGGACACUCCAGAGAUGAGAAGGGUGAGGGAGACGCAGCGCCACAUCUCGACGGUGAAAUAUCAUGAAGACUUUGAGAAACACAAGGGUUGCUUUACACCGGUGGUGACAGACCCUAUCACUGAGCGAGUAAAGAAGAACACACAGGACUUCAGUGACAUUAACUACCGAGGUAUUCAGAGAAAAGUGGUAGAAAUGGAACAGAAACGGAACGACCAGGAUCAGGAAACUGUUACAGGUUUACGUGUCUGGCGUACUAAUCCUGGCUCAGUGUUUGACUAUGAUCCAGCAGAAGACAACAUUCAAUCCCGAAGCUUACACAUGAUUAAUGUCCAAGCUCAGCGCCGGAGCCGGGAGCAGUCGCGAUCUGCCAGCGCGCUGAGCAUCAGUGGCGGCGAGGAGAAGUCUGAGCAUUCAGAAGCUGCCGACCACCGCCUCUCCACCUACAGCGAUGGAGGCAUCUUCUCUGCAACCUCAGCAGCUUACAAACAUGCAAAAACCGUAGAGCUCCAACAACGAUCAUCUUCAGUUGCCACCCAACAGACAACAGUAUCCUCUAUCCCGUCUCAUCCAUCUACUGCUGGAAAAAUCUUCCGUGCCAUGUAUGACUAUAUGGCUGCUGAUGCAGAUGAGGUGUCUUUCAAAGAUGGAGAUGCUAUCGUGAAUGUUCAAGCUAUUGAUGAAGGUUGGAUGUAUGGCACCGUGCAGAGGACUGGCAGGACCGGCAUGCUCCCAGCCAACUAUGUCGAAGCCAUUUAGGCAUGUCAAAGCAUCACACGUCUCUGCAGGACCUACAACUAUUGCAGUCAGUAUUUCUGUUUAAACUCUCCACUAUUAUCCAAGUUCUCAAGCUGCCUAAUGGUUUUUCUGUGUCAGUAUGAUGUAUGGUUCUACCAUCCCUUAAUUUGUUUCUACGUGAACCCAAUAACUCUCCAGUAAAACAAAUGUUAGUAUCACUGAUCUGUCCAAUUACUAAACUGGAUUUACUUUCUCAUUAUUUUCUGGACUUGCACAUAAAACUUAAGAGACAACAUUAAACCCAUAGGUUCCUUAUGUUUUAAAUUGCCAUUAUCAAAUUUUCCUGUGGGUUUUAAAAUGUUUAAUUUCAGAAGAGAGAUUUUAAAAGUUUCUGCAAUGUUCUAUUAUUGCUGCAUCAACCCAGAGUCUUUCUCCAUUAUGAAAUGUUUAACAUUAUUUCUUUUCUAAAACAAGGAUUCUGAACAUGUUAUUAAACACAUUAAAGCAAAAUGGCAGUGACAUUCACCUUUUCCUUGCUUACUGAAUGCUGAUGCUUUUAUUUCUAAUCCAGUUCUGAAGUUAUAAAGCUGAUAGUCAAUAUAAAUUGGUGACAAGUUAGUAACUAAUAAAAUCUAUUAAUUCUGCAACAAA